UAUAAAAAUAGCUGCUUUUAAGAAAAAAUCAAAAUAUUUUAUAAAAGUCGCACACACAUUCGUCCUUAAAUGACCGAAUCAACGCAACUGCAAACAACAGAAAACAAUAAUACCGGGGUGGUCAAAAUGGAGCCACCUCCGCCGACGACUUCGACUACCGCAUCUGCCGUGGCCAGUAACACCACAACAUGCGUGUCACCUGCACCAUCCACAGUAAUCGAACAGUUACAAACUCACCAGCAACAACAGCAGCAAUACGCACUGAAAUGGAACGAUUACCAGUCAUCGCUGAUCAACUCAUUUCGACACCUGCGCGAUGAGGAGGACUUUGUCGAUGUAACAUUAGCCUGCGAUACAAGAUCAUUCACAGCGCACAAAGUAGUGCUCAGUGCUUGCAGUCCAUAUUUCCGUAAGCUACUAAAAGCGAAUCCCUGCGAGCACCCAAUUGUUAUAUUACGAGAUGUACGUUCCGAUGAUGUAGAAAAUCUUUUAAGCUUUAUGUAUAAUGGUGAGGUGAACGUCAGUCAUGAACACUUGCCAGAUUUCUUGAAAACAGCACAUCUAUUGCAAAUACGUGGAUUGGCAGAUGUUAGUGGCGGCUAUACUGCUGGAUUAAGUACUUCAACUAAGCCAAUAGCAAAUAAUAAUAAUAAUAUAAAUAGCAGCAACAACAACAAUAAUAACAACAACAAACUUAACUUUUUGACAUCACAGACGCAGAAUAGUAACAGCAGUACAUCAUCACCGUUUACUACGCCAACUGCAGCUACUAUCACACCAACCAACACAUCCACAACUGGCAAUCAAGCAUCUAAUAAUUUAAAUAGUUUGAGUGGGGCCGUCAGCAUUAAUACACCCGCCAUACAAGAAUUGAAAGCUUCCUCAGCGUCACCAGUAAGAAAAACCAAUAACAAUAAAGCAAACCAUCACUGGGAUCUGACAGAUAUCGAGAAUAACCGUAAUAGCCAUCUGACACCACCACCACAGAAGCGCAUCAAAAGCGCUGAUCUAUUUCGUGCACAGCAUGGUAUCAGUCCCGAACGUUUACUACUUGAGCGGGAAUUCCCGGUAGCUGGACAACAUCCCUUAACCCGCGAGCGCAAUCGUGAUAGAAGUCGAGAAACUUCACAUGAUCGCGAUCGUGAUCGUACCAUGGAACUACGCGAAUCACUUCUGGGACAGGCUUUAGAAAACAGUAACGGACAACAACUAUCAAUCAAUCAAAAACAACAUGUCGAUCUUGGUUCAUUGCAUGCGCAAAGCGCAGGUGAAGAUUCAAAUAGUAGCGAUACUGAACCAUCAGAUCGCGGUGAUGGACAACAUGAUGGCACAAUGGAUAGCAUGAACGGUUCAAUUGAUAAUCAGCGAUCUCAUUCAUUUCCAAGCGCUUUCCUCGGUCUGCAGGGUAUACCUGGCCUAUUGCCAGGUCCAUCGGGCAUAAGUGCUAAUGAUUUUGUAUCUCGUCGUUCUUUGGAAAUGCGUGUACGUGCAACCGAUCCCCGUCCUUGUCCAAAAUGUGGUAAAAUCUAUCGUUCAGCGCAUACAUUACGUACUCAUUUGGAAGAUAAGCACACCAUUUGCCCCGGAUAUCGUUGUGUACUCUGUGGUACUGUAGCAAAAUCACGUAACUCGCUGCAUUCACAUAUGUCACGUCAGCAUCGUGGCAUAUCCACAAAAGAUCUACCAGUUUUACCAAUGCCAAGCGCUUUCGAUCCAGAUCUAGCCUCACGUCUACUAGCCAAAGCUGGUGUCAAAAUAUCUCCAGCAGAAUUGCGUGCUCGUGCUUCACCAACUAGCGGUGGCAAUGGAGGCGGACAACCAAAACUGGAUUUGACUAAUGCUAGCGGUGGUACAAAUGAUGAUUGCGAAGAUUCUGAUGAUGAUCCAGAGGAUUUGACCACAGGCAGCGGUGCUUAUGGUUUGGGUUCAAUUGGUGGCAGCAAUAAUGGCGGUAAUGACUUAAGUCGCUAUCAUGAAAGUUUAUUAAGCAAUUUCGGACAUGCCAAUACCACAAUUUCUCGCAUACGUAAUGAGGCUGCAGCUGCUGCAUUGAGUCAACAGAAAGACCUCUCAAGUGGGCAAAUUCCUACUAGUACAGCAGCCAGUCAAUCCUUGUUAGAUACGUAUUUGCAAUUUAUCACGGAAAAUACAUUUGGCAUGGGUAUGUCUCAAGAACACGCAGCUGCAGCAGCAUUACAUGCAAAAAUCGCACAAUUAAAUGCUAUGGGACAUGGUUUGGAUAAGCUACCACCAGGUCUAUUGCCACCACAAUUUGAUUUAUCUAAAAUUGCUGCACCAACCGCUAGUUUUGGUGGUAGCAGUAGCAAUAAUACCGGCCUCACCAUAGAACCAAUUAUGCGACGAGACCAGACAAAUGACAAUGGUCCUACGCCUUUGAGUAACUCUGUGAGUGCAAUAGCUGGAAAUAACAAUAUAGUAAGUAGCAAUAAUACAAGCAAUAGUAAUACUAGCGCCGAUAUACGACGUGACUCAUCCGAGCCAAUGGACUUGGGUCUCGACAACAAUCAGUCGGGCAGUAAUAAUGAUGGUGCCAAUUCUGAAGCCGAGGAUAAUUACUCCGAAGAUGAAGGCGUUCACAAUACAUAAACUAACGCUGAAACAACAAUUAUAAAUUAUUAAAGCAUUUUAAUAUAUAUAUAUAGAGAUAUAUAUAAAUACAUAAAUAUUUGAAUUCAGUGUGUGUGAGUAACAAUUUAAGUCAGUGUAUAGAAGUUAAU